AUGGCUUCCAAAGAAAUUUGCAUUGUUUGCCAGGUUGAGUUCUCUGACGAUGACUUUCAAUCAAGACGUAGCACACGCUAUCAAGCCCACUGUCCAAAGUGCAGCCUGGGUCUACGUGCUAUCUUGACUGCUAGCAAAGGAUCAGAGGGCAGCAAAGAUGACGAGUCCACCAGCAAGUACCUCCAGAACUUGUCAAAGGAGGACCCAGAGAAGUACCGCAAAAUCUUUGCAGAGUACGAGAGCUCGACGGUUCUUUACUCGGAAACGACAGAGACCACCAAGCGAUCAAAACUUGGCGCUGGAUGGCUAGCUAUGAAGCAUUCUGUCUACAUAGAGCACUAUACUCAGAAGGUUCCGGAGUGCGAUAGAUUGACACGAGAACAAGCCCAAGAGGCAUGGAUUCGUGAUGUGAACCCAAGCAACACGGCCACGGAGAAGGAGAUGAUUGACAUCUACGAUGCCAAGACCGGUCGUGUGGAGAGAGUUCAGCAUGUCUAUGUCCAGGUUGAGAUCAAGAAAUCGAAAGAGUUCAUCCAUGAUGACAAACGGUCAGCAUCCGUGGUUGAGCAGAGCAAGGAAGCAAAUACCAAGGCUGCCUUGGCAGCAAAGCAACGGACCCUGUCGUUCUUGACCAUGUCUGCGGAUGAGACCUUCUUCAAAUCUUCGGAGUUUCUCAUGGAGGCUACUUCGGAUGAGACUUGCAUCAUUCCACUUCCUGCUGGCUCUGGCAAUGGCAGAAAGAGUAACAGCGGCAAGAACAAGAACAAGGGCAGCGCCUCCAAAGCUGGCAGCAGCAGCAGCAAAAAGGUCGAUGUUGGUACAUACCGUUUGAGAACAGCUACCAAGAUGAUCACCCACCUGAAGUUUUUGCAGGCAUCGUUUCGGGAGCUGGACAGCAAGGUCAAAGAGUUCUACAAAGAGCAGGCAGACUUCAAGACCAAAGCCCUUUCCUUGAAGAGCUCUGGGGUUUCAGAAGAUCGUCUCCUUUCUGAUCAGUCUCUGCAGCUUGGAGACGAUGCGGCACUUGUCAAGAUGAUGUACAAUGUUCUUGACCGGCAUCGCUUGUUGCAGUUUCUUAGUUUGGGGUCGGAUUCCAUGGAUGUUUCAGACCUUGAGGGUGGCUCCGCCGAUCCAUCCAAUGGCACUGAGAACGCCAGGAAACAUAUUCAAAGCGAUCCCUUUCUGACAGAACAGUGUCAAGGUGAAGUGCAGGCAUAUGUGGACAUCAAGAACCCGGAAAAAAUCUACGAGUCAUUGAACACAAAGGAUUGCAUCGACAACCAACAUGAAGAGUUGAUGAAAGUGGUCAAGGGUGUGAAGACUUGCAUCUCCUCACUGCGAAGGUCUCUUUUGGAUUUUGUCCAGAUGGUCAAGUCUACCAACAAAGCGAGAGAGAGAUUCCAAGAGCAAAUGGCUAGGGCUACUGGCAAUCCAAAGAGUGUCACCCACGGAGGACUGCAGGGACGCCCCAACUUGCAGAGCAUGGCAGACUCGGACCCGGAAGUCUUGAAGAUCUUCAAGCUGCUUGGUUGCACAUAUUUUUUCUUGAUAACACGCAUGAUGCAUUGUGUGCACAGGGGGUGCAAUCAAAGUUGUUAUAAAUGUGAAACUUCUUAUACUUUCUUUCUAAUGUGA